AUCUCCCUUGCUCAGUGUCUGCUGAUUUUUAGACUUACCACCAAGCAGAUAGCUCCCUGUUAUCUUAAAAAAUGCCGGUGACAAAGACUGCGGACUUUUCCUCUAAGUAUACUUAUAUUAGCAUGGAUGACUCCAGCUGUGAUCCUGAGGUCUGAAUGUCGAAAAAAUCAUUACAACAGAGUUUCUGGAAAGCUCUUCCAGACAUUUUGAACAAAGAAUGGUGAAAGUUGUUGUUGCUAUUGCUGCCAUCACCAACAUCAUCAUCAUCAUCAGACAAGAUGUACACAUUUGGAGGAAGCUAUCUACAGCUAUAUGACAGCCCUGGCAAGUGACAAAAACAUUAAGUUUUGCUCCCUGGUCUGACAUUGACAACAAGGAAAACACUUUUUUUUUUAACUGAAAAAACAAAACAAGAAAGAAAUAACCAAAAAAUCUUUUUAAAACCCCUAAAAAAAUUUAGCCCUCUUCCCUAAGUCGGAAGUUUAUCUGUGUCGUCUUUCUUCUCCAAGUGAAAUCCAAAAGAUUUGGGUGUUGAAUUUAGUGUCUCAGCACAUUCGCCAUUCACCAUGUAUCCCGCACAGUUUAUGUACGCCAUGGGCAACCAUCAGCCCAACAUUUACAGCCAGCCCACGAGCUUCUACCCUAAUGAACAUUUCUCAAAAUGCCACGAGAAGGGCCUUCUUCUGUCUGAGAAGUCUUUCGGUUCCGUUGGCAAGCAACACUCCCAGAUGCCAGACUCGUACCGUAAGGAUUUCUCCCCUGGCCUGAGCAGCCCAGACCACAUGCACGACAGUAGUAGUCACAUGACACAGUCAAUGAGGCCACUGGUGGCCCCACCUGGAGGCAAUACUGGAAACAUGGGUAGCGGCAACGGCAACAAUGACGGUGGUGCUGGCGGUGGUGGUGGUGCUGGUGGCGGAGGUGGAGGAGGAACUUGUGGUGGCGGCACUGGCAACAACAACAACAACAGCAACAACAGUAGCAACAACAACAACAACAACAACAACAAACAGUACUAUUGUACGUUCUGCAAGAAGGGCUUCACACAGCAGAUCAAUUUGAAAACACACGAACUGACGCACACGGCUGAAAAACCGUUCUGCUGUGCAACAUGUGGCAGAGCUUUCGCUCAGAAAGCAGCCCUGCGGAACCAUGAAAGAACUCACUCAGGCGAAAAGCCUUUCAGUUGUACUAUUUGUAAAAAAAGCUUCACUCAACUUGGUAAUUUGAGCACACACUUAAGGACUCACUCGGGGGAAAGGCCAUUUAAAUGCACGAUAUGUGAGAAAGCUUUUACCCAGCAUGCAAACCUCAACAUUCAUCUCAGAACACACACCGGGGAAAAACCUUACGAGUGCGAAACUUGUGGGAAACGGUUCUCCCAGAGGACGAACUUGGAUAACCAUAGGCGUAUACACACUGGGGACAUGUUCAAGUGCGCGUUUUGUGGGAAAGCGUUUAGCCUGCAGAUUAACCUGAGGAGUCACGAACGCAUUCAUACUGGAGAGAAACCUUACAAGUGUUCGUUUUGUGGACGGGACUUUUCACAGCAGACUGCUCUCAAAAACCAUGAACGGAUUCACACGGGUGACAAACCGUACAGUUGUUCCGUGUGCGUGAAGGCGUUCAGUCAGCUGGGCAACCUUAACAUCCACAUGCGAACACACACAGGUGUCAAACCAUAUUCUUGCGACCUCUGUGGCAAGUGUUUCUCUCAAAGAACCAAUUUAAACAACCACAGGCGGACACACACUGGCGACCUCUUCAAGUGUUCGAUGUGUUCGAAAGCGUUCAGCUUGGAAAUCGGUCUCCGCAACCACGAACGAGUGCACACGGGCGAGAAACCUUACUAUUGCACCGUGUGCAACAAGACGUUUGCACAACGUGGCAACCUGAAAACUCAUCUUAGGGUCCACACUGGCGAGAAACCGUACCAGUGUGACGUGUGUGGGAAAAGCUUCUCACAAAGGGCCAACCUGAAUAACCAUAAACGCACUCGCACUGGAUGUGAACUCUUCACGAAAAACCCACCAACUUCUAUGUCUCUGUCCUCACAGACAUCCUCUUCGAAUUCAGUGACCCCGUUGACCUUAGUUCCCGGCAUGUCUGCCCAGGCCUCGGCAGCAGCAGCGGCGGCGGCGGCAGCAGCGGCCGCAGCUGCAAGGAUCAAGGAUUCCGGCCACAUCAAAACGCCACCGUCUUCUACGCCGUCGUCGUUCAAUGGUAACGACGGCUCCACUGCUGGUACCCCCUCGGACAGUGGUGCUGCUACGAACAACAACAACAACAACAACAGGAGCAGUUGCCAUGGCAACAGUAAACAGGACCCGCUGCAUCUGUCUACAUCGGAUUCCCAAAAGACGCCCCCCGGCCUAAAGAACAAUGGGAUGGACCCGAACCUGCUCAGUCCGGACGGUGUUGCAAUGAACGACGCCGGCAGUGACCACUUCCUGGAUGACAUCUGCAUACCUGCACGAGAUGCCACAGAGCUGGGAGAACAACUACCUGUGGGCCAGAGGAUUCCCCGUCACCCAUAUGUCCGGCAGCGGAUGGCCCAACAUGCCCAACACGUUCCCAGGCAGCAUGAAGCACAAACAGAACUCUUGGCCCAGCAUUCAAGACAUGAGCACGUCAUCAAAGAGCCACGCCAUUGA